ACACCUGGAAAGCCUCGCCACCAGCAAAGCUACCCACAGCUGCAGCCUGCACUGCAGCACCAGCCACCGCCCAACAACUCCAUCUGCUCCGGCCGGCGCUCCCAAUCCCAAAUAUCCUAUCCUAUUCCUAUCUAUCCCUCACUCGUUCCUCCUCCUUCCCUCCAUCGAUCGAUCCUUAAUUAGGUAGCUGCUAGCUCCACCACCCAACCAAUCUGCAAACAGCUAGCAAAUUAAACCUGAUCGAUGGAUCAUCAUCAUCAGAGGGUGAGUGGGUGACAGUGACGACGACACAAAUGCAUGCCCUGCGGCUAGCUAACCGGUAUUUACAAGAUUUCAGCUCAGCACCUUGCAUUCUGCGUAGAGAUCAGGGCCAGGCUGCUACCUAGCUAGCUCAUCAUCAGCUUCUCCUCUGAUCCAUCCAUAGUCGGUCUCCACGACAUCCACACUCUCUGAUCUCUUCUUCUAAGCUAGAGGCCAGAGCACGCGCCCACGCCAGAUGGUCCAUCUGUUGCAAUGCAGACGAUGCAGCGGCAGUGUUCACAAACUCUUCCUCUUCUCUAUCCUCCUCCUCCUCACAUCUUCCAUGGCGGUAGCAUUCUCAGAUGCCUCAGAUACCAGGAGGUUGCCGCUGAUGCUACAGCCGGAAGACAAGGAGGCAGUGGCCGCUGAUGACAAGCAGCCGCUGGAGGCGGGAGGAGGAAGAAGAAGCAGAUCAGGGGAGACUACGGAAGCAAGGCGGCGGCGUGGUCUGAUCGGAUCGAGGCCCCCGAGAUGCGAGCGGGUGUGCAUGUCCUGCGGCCACUGCGAGGCGGUGCAGGUGCCCAUCGUGCCACAGCAUGAGGAGGAGAAGGCGAGAGCCUCGGCGUCGGCGGUCACCCUCGCCGCCGCCAUGUUCACCUACCGGGUGGACGGCAUCAGCAACUACAAGCCGCUGAGCUGGAAGUGCAGGUGUGGAGGAACCAUCCUGGAUCCAUGAAGAAGAAAAAGAUGGAGCACGCACGCUGCGUGCAAUGCAUCCUCAGCUUAGAGCGCUCGCUCGCCAUUCAAUUCGAUGCUGCCGUGCAGACUGUAAACAUCAAUCUCUCGUCUUCUUUAAUUUGCUAGCUUCUUGUUUUGGGUUUGGUUGGUAUUGGUUUUGGUUCCUCUUGCAGUCUAGCUUCCUGCUCUCUAGUCUCAGAUGGAUUGCUGCCUACAUUUUGGUUGCAGUGAGGUUGGAUGGGCGUGGCCGGCCGGGGGGUAGAAUUCCGAUUUUGUUUAAGAUAUGAUGCGCCGGCUGGCUGCCAAUCAAAUGAAACAUCUUGAUGUAGUACUAGUGUUAGUUAAGCUAAGCUAAUAAGGGCAUUCACAAUGCAAGACUCUAUCACAAAGUCUAAGACAAUUAAUUACAUAUUAUUUAUGGUAUUUUCCUGAUGUGGCAGUAUAUUUAAUGAAGAAAGAGGUAGAAAAAAUAA